AUGUUGCAUCGUCUUUUCAAUUUUCGUUUCCCUCUCUUCAAAAAACCAUUCUCCACAGCACUUUCACUCUCUUCCUCACAUACCCAUUUCACAAAACCCUCAAAAAUCUCAUCUUUUCACCCCAACACCUCCCAAGUCCUCCAAAAAUUCCACCUUUAUCAAAACAACCCUUCUCUUGCACUCUCUUACUUCACUCACCUCACCCAACAAGGUUUCUCUCACAACGUUCAAACCUAUUCUUCCUUCAUUACAAUCCUAUGUUACUGGAAUUUGAAUAGAAGCUUAGAUUCUUUGUUCAUUGACAUCAUUGCUCAUUCCAAACAAAACCCAUCAUUUCAAAUUCAUGAUUUGUUUGAAUCACUCUUUCAAGAUGUUGAGAAUGUUGAUUUAGAUAAUAAAAAUCAUUACUUGUUUAGAGCAUUUCACGUGUUUGUUAAAACUUGUGUUUCUCUUAACAUGUUUGAUGAAGCUAUUGAUUUCUUGUUUGAGUUUCAAGUUAAGAGGUUUUGGGUUCUUCCAAGUAUAUUAUGUUGUAACUUUCUUAUCAACCGUUUGGUUAUGCGUGAUGAAGUUUAUAUGGCUUUGGGGGUUUAUAAUGAAAUCAAGAGGCUUGGUGUUUGUCCUAACAAUCAUACUUAUGCUAUUGUGAUCAAGGGGUUGUGUAAGAAAGGUGAUGAUUUGAUUCACGCGUCUCGGGUUUUUGACGAGAUGGUGGAGGCCGGGGUGACUCCGAAUUCGUAUUGUUACGCGGCUUUUAUCGAGGGGUUGUGUAAGAAUAAUAUGUCUGAUUUGGGGUAUGAGGUGCUUCAAGAACGGAGAAAGAGUAAUGCUCCGAUAGAGGCUUAUGCGUAUGCUGCAGUUAUUCAUGGGUUUUGUAAUGAAAUGAAGUUAGAUAAAGCCGAGAGUGUGUUUUUCGAUAUGGAAUGGCAGGGGAUUGUUCCUGAUUUUCAUGUUUAUUCUUUGUUGAUUUGUGGAUAUUGUAAGAUCGGUGAUUUGCGUAAAGCUGAAGUGUUAUACGACGACAUGAUUUCGAAGGGUAUAAAGACAAAUUGUGUGAUUGCUAGUUGUAUUCUUCAUUGCAUGAGUGGGAUGGGGAUGGAUUCGAGAGUUGUAGAUAGGUUUAAAGAAUUAAAACGUUCAGGUGUGUUUCUUGACGGGGUUGCUUACAAUAUCGUAUUUGGUUCUUUGUGUAAAUUGGGUAAGGUGGAUGAUGCGGUAGAUAUGUUGGAGGAGUUGAAAUCUAUGCGUAUCGAUUUAGAUAUCAAACACUACACAACCUUUAUUAACGGUUUCUGUCUUCAAGGUAAACCCGAUGUAGCUUGUAGUAUAUUCAAAGAAAUGGAAGAGAAAGGAUUUAAACCUGACAUUGUUGCUUAUAAUGUACUAGCCGCCGGUUUGUUUAGAAAUCAUCAUGCUUGUGAGGCGAUUGAGCUUUUGAAUUGUAUGGAUAGUCAAGGUGUGGAGCCGAACGCUACUACGCAUAAGAUUAUCAUCGAAGGUUUGUGUUCGGCAGGCAAGAUUGAAGAAGCCGAGGCAUAUUUUAACGUUCUGAAAGUUAAAAGCGUCGAAAUCUAUUCUGCCAUGGUUAAUGGCUAUUGUGAAGCCGGUCUUAUUGAAAAAUCAUGCGAAGUUUUCUGCGAGAUUUCAAACGAAGGAGAUAUUUCAGAAGAAACUUCUGGUUUUAAGAAACUUAGCAAAGUAAUGUAUUCUAAAGUAUUAGCUGCGUUGUGCCGGGAAGGGAAUAUAGAACACGCUCGCUCAUUGUUUGAUUUUUUCCUCGAGAGAGGAUUUACGCCCGAUGUUGUAACUUACACAAUUAUGAUAAAAAGUUAUUGUAGAUUGAAUUGCUUGCAAGAGGCUCAUGAUCUCUUCCGGGAUAUGAAGAGCCGAGGGAUAAAACCCGAUGUAAUUACCUACACGGUUCUACUCGACGGGAAGUUCAAACAAGUGAAUUUAAAAAGGCAUUUCUCUUCUCAAGACAAAAGAGGAAGUGAUGCAACGUAUGGUGUUUCGACUAUCUUGAAAGAUAUGGAGCAAAUGAAAAUAAGUCCAGAUGUUGUUAUUUACACUGUUUUGAUCGAUGGAUACGUAAAGGUCGAUAACUUUCAAGAAGCGAUUAGAUUCUUUAAUGAAAUUAUUGAUCUGAGACUAGAACCGGAUAACGUAACUUACACUGCUCUACUUUCUGGCUUGUUAAACCGCGGGCACACGGAGAAAGCUGUUAUCUUGUAUAAUGAAAUGUCUUCCAAGGGAAUGAUGCCUCCCUUGCCUAUCAUGUCCAAGUUAAAACGGCAAGUUAUAAAAGCUAGAAAGGUGCAAUUUCAAAAGUAG